UCGCGCGAUGACUAUACUCUAAUUCGGAUGUGCGAGCACCGCUGCAAAACGUGCAAUUUUCGCGGAACGAGACUCGACGUAGUAGCGUAAAAAUGAUUCAUUGCGAGGCGCUCGCUCGAGUGCAGUCGAAACGCAGUCGCGAAUCUUCGCCUCCCGAAAGUAUGAAAGUCCUCCUCGUUGUCGUCGUCGUCGUCGUCUUGCUGCUUCCGAGCUUGAUCCAGACAGUCGUGGCCGCGGGCACUCACUCGAAAAUCUACCAAGGCGAGGCCGCGGCCAAGGGUGAAUUUCCCUACCAGGUCAGCAUAACCGUGGGCGGGCGACACAUUUGCGGAGGCUCGCUCGUGUCGGCCAAGCACGUCCUGACCGCGGCUCACUGCGUCGAGGAGAUCGUCCUAUCGAGGAGAAACUUCACUCGGGGGGUCGCUGUGAGGACCGGCUCGGUCAUGCUCGGCAAGGGUCGCAAUUACCUCAUAAGGAGAAUCUCCUAUCACAACGGAUUCAGAGACAGCUAUAGACUUUUCCUACCCAACGACAUCGCCGUUGUACAGUUGCAAAAGCCAGUGGAACUGGGCGAUUACGUUAAACCUAUCAAUCUGCCCGAGUACCGAGCCGAGUUGCCGGAAGGAUCGAAGGUAAUCGUCACUGGGUUCGGCACGACCAUCAGCAACGACUUGUCGCCGGUACUCAAAAAGCUCGUCACCGAGACCUUUUCCAAUACCAAAUGCGGCAAUUACUUCUUGAGACUGACCGGCCGCAGAGUCAUGACUUCGCAAAUCUGCGCGGAAAAGAAACGCGGCGACGGCACGUGUACCGGCGACAGCGGAGGUGCACUGGUGGAUCUCGACAAGACCACGAUCUACGGCAUCGUCUCCGGAGGCGGCUACUCCUGCGACGGAGCCGAUCCCACGGUUUACACCAAAGUCUCGUACUACGUGCCUUACAUACAGCGAGAGAUGACGUACUUCACUCGCGAGCCCACUGCCAUUGGCCCCAAUCCCGCCGUCGUCUUUUACUGAAUCGAUUCCAUCAUUGUGAAUGAAU